AUGGCGCCCCCAAAAGCACAGCGUGCAUCUGACUUUUUCCGCCAAGGUCGUCGAGACAAAACGCGUCCGGAACAAGAUGGCGGCGGCUCACACUCCCCAAUGCCUGCCUCAGAUCAGGGAUCAGACACAGAAGCCCUUCAGCCUCCCACUGGGGAUAUCUCCAUAUCAGAGACAAAAAUGGCGGCAGAGCUCCUGCAUGAAGGAGGACUUACAACUGGCGGUGAACGACAUCCGCAGAGAGGUGCACUAGGUGGGGAGCCGCCUCAACGUCCUUGA